UUCAACGGGAGAGUUUUUUGUUUUUAGAAAUGACGACCAUUACUAACGUAGAUAACUGAUUUUAUUGGUUAUCUGGAGUUUACUUUAGGCCUACAAUACAAGUGGCAUUGAUUUAAUAUAAUAGAAAUGGCAGGAGGACGAAGAAACGUACCAAAAUCAGGAACUCCAAAGCCCGUUAUACAUCCAAAUACAAGUGAUGAUAGGUCUGGCUUGGGAAGUCAUAGAGGAGGUUUGUCUUCACCUCACAUGGUAAUGCCACGACACAUCAACAUUCCAGAUAUUCCCACAGAUGGCGAGACAGUGUUUGAACUACUUGCUCUCAUUUUAUCAGCAGUGGCAUUAGCUAGCCAAUACCUAAAUAUUUAUCGUACAGUUUGGUGGCUACCACAUUCACACAUGGAUCAAGCUAUGAAUUUCUACCUCAUUGACCCAUAUGUUGUUGCUUUCAGCCUUCUGAUGCUAGGAAGAAGGUUUCCCCUUAAUGUCUUUAAACAAAUAUGUUUAUGGUGUGUACCAUUAACAGCUUACAAUGUGGCAGUUCAGUUUUUUCGAGCUAUUGUUAUUACUCCUCAAAUAAUAUCUCUGGUGUGGUGUGUGUACAACAUAAUACUAAAACAUGGCUUUCUUACUAUUUGUUUGGGUUAUCCGAUAGUGGUAUACAUAGUUGUGUUUGGAGCUGCAUUUCUUCCAUUCUUUGAGCUUUGGACACAUGAGCAGGAACGGUGUAAUCACAGCAAAGGGAAAACUCCUUCCCACAGAAUUGGAGUGUGCAUUUUGAGUCACAUUUGUUCUGCUUCACCAGAAAUUAUACGUGAAGAAGUUGAGAUAUUAAAGAGUGAUUUCAACUCUCGUCUGAAGAAAGCCCUGUUUCAUUCCUUUCUUGUAGCAUAUUAUGCUGGUUUUGUUCCUUGCUGCUUUGUUCAGGGUGCCAUACAUUACGAUCUUUUGUGGGUUGUUCAGCAUGUUGCUUUUGUGUGGCUUGGGGCUUUCACUUUGUAUAUUGUCCACUGCUUCCCACCUCGUUAUUGUGAUAUUUUACAUAGAUCUGCUCUACAUCUUGGUCGUUGGCGGCAUUUGGAAACAAGAAAUGUUCAUGUUCCAUAUAAUAUCUGGUCAGAUUCAACGCUCUGGCACCAAGGAGCUUUAGUAAAACAUGCUAAAGGACUUUUUAAAGCUGAAGGGCUGACUAAUGCUGCAGAGCCAGGAAAUGCCACUCAUUCCCGAUUUUUU